UUGCUAGUCAUGCACCAAAGCAGCUCAAUUGUCUGCAGGCUUGCUUCUUUUUUUAAUUUUUUUUUUUUUUACCGAUAAAGAGUCUUCAGCUGGUAUUACUGAUUGCAUCCCUGGCUUAUCACAAAUAACUGUAGUGGCUUUCAGUCUAGAGAUCAGCCCCUAAUCCCCUACAUCAUAUUUAUGAGGGACCAUGGCACACAGCCACUGCUGCACUCAGUGUACACCUGGAGCUCUUGCUGGUGACACACAUUUCCUGUGAGGUGCAGGAGGAUUCAGACCACUUCAAAAACAACAAUAACAUGGUUACUAUCCUAUCACAGUAUUAGAGGCUUUGACUGAACUUCUGAGCUUGUCUGAGGAAUUACAUUUUUUUAGCCAUGGAGUCUCCCACUAAGGAAAUUGAAGAGUUUGAGAGUAACUCUCUCAAGUACCUGCAACCGGACCAAAUCGAAAAAAUUUGGCUGCGGCUUCGAGGACUGAGGAAGUACAAGAAAACAUCCCAGAGGUUACGGUGUUUGGUGAAGCAGUUGGAACGAGGAGAAGCUUCAGUUGUAGACCUUAAGAAGAACUUGGAGUAUGCCGCUUCAGUACUUGAGUCCGUAUACAUCGAGGAAACCAGACGCCUUGUGGAUGCAGAAGAUGAGCUCAGUGAUAUCCAAUCUGACUCAGUGCCAUCAGAGGUGCGAGAUUGGCUUGCUUCCACUUUUACCAGACAAAUGGGGUUGAUGCUCAAGAGAACGGAGGAGAAGCCAAGAUUCAGAAGCAUUGUUCAUGCUGUUCAGGCUGGAAUAUUUGUAGAAAGAAUGUACAGACGGACAUCAAACAUGGUUGGACUAAGCUACCCGCCGUCUGUGAUUGCAGUGCUAAAGAAUGUAGACAAGUGGUCUUUUGAUGUAUUUGCACUAAAUGAUGCAAGUGGAGAACACGCACUGAAGUUCAUUUUUUAUGAACUUCUCACAAGAUAUGACUUAAUCAAUCGUUUUAAGAUUCCCAUUUCUGCUCUUGUAUCCUUUGUUGAAGCCCUUGAAGUUGGAUACAGUAAGCAUAAAAAUCCAUAUCACAAUCUUAUGCAUGCGGCAGAUGUCACCCAGACCGUGCAUUACCUCCUAUUAAAGACUGGAAUGGUGCACUGGCUGACAGAGCUGGAGAUCUUAGCUAUGAUUUUUGCUGCUGCUGUCCAUGACUAUGAACACACUGGGACUACAAACAACUUUCAUAUUCAGACCAGAUCAGACUCAGCUAUUCUAUAUAAUGACAGAGCGGUGCUAGAAAAUCACCAUGUAAGUGCGGCUUACCGCCUCCUGCAGGAUGACGAGGAGAUGAACAUCUUGUAUAAUUUGUCAAAGGAUGACUGGAGAGAACUGAGGACUCUCGUGGUGGAGAUGGUCCUGGCUACAGAUAUGUCCUGUCACUUUCAGCAAAUCAAGGCAAUGAAGAACUCCUUACAGCAGCCUGAAGGGAUUGACAAGCCUAAAGCCUUAUCUCUGUUAUUACACACUGCCGAUAUCAGUCACCCUGCGAAAAACUGGGACCUCCAUCAUCGCUGGACCAUGUCACUGCUUGAAGAGUUCUUUAGACAGGGAGAUAAAGAAGCAGAACUUGGGCUACCGUUCUCCCCUCUCUGUGAUCGAAAGUCCACCAUGGUGGCUCAGUCUCAAAUAGGUUUCAUUGAUUUUAUUGUGGAACCAACAUUCACUGUGCUUACUGACAUGACCGAGAAGGCGGUCACCCCUCUCAUUGAUGAAGCCUCUCGCUCUGGCCUUGCAGGAUUCCGACGCUCCAGUUUGAAUAGUAUUACCCCUUCAGAUGUUAAAAGAACCAGUGUGAAAAACACUGGGUCAGAAGGAAGUGCCUCGCUUAACUGCUCCCUACUCACUGUGGAUUUCAAAAACUUUAAAGCCAACUGGAAUGAGACUGUGCAACAGAACAGAGAGAAAUGGAAGACACAGGCAACCAAGGAUGCAGAAGAGAAAGCUAGAAGAGAGGCAGAGGAGAAAGUCCAACAGGAGGCAGAAGAGAAAGAAGAACGAGAUAAAGCUGGGAUAGGGCUGCAGGAACAGGGACCAGAACAAAGCACUGAAAAGAGUGCUGAUGAUUCAGAGAAAAGUAAUGUCAAUGGGACUCAAGGACAUUGCACUUCAACCCAUUCAGAAACCAAGGAGAAAGAAAGUGACAUGGUAUCAGGCAAAGACGCAGAAAACACACAAGUUCAAAAUGUGAGGCAUCCAGCAUAUGAUUUGAUAAGAUACUUCAAGAGACCCAGCUAUUGUGCAAACUCGUACCUCUCAUCUGUGCAAAAGAAGGCUGAAGAGAGCUUGAUUAAAAGCAAGAACCUGGACCAGAGGGGUAAAAUGAAGAAGCUGCAGCGUAUAUCUCUCCGGGGGUGCAAACAGUGAAGAAAGUUAGGGGCAGCUUUGAAGUUUGGGAAGUAUCUUCACUGUUUAUCAAAACUGAAAGAUAAAAUGCUCUUUUGUCUUUAGGAACUGUAGUGAACAUGGGGCUAUACCAAUUUUAAGACAAUAAUGUUCAUCUUUGCACUGGGGAUGUGCAAAGACUUUGCAUAGUCAACUUCCCUUUAAAAAAUAAAAAGCUUCUAUACACUUCACAUUCUUUAUCAAUGUUUUUGGAUAUACAGUUUUGUAGGACUUUGUCUACCAGACAGAGAAUAUUUUUAGUCUUAUGCUUAUGAGUGUUGAAGUCAUCUGCAGUAGUUUAUCUCCAUUGAUUAAAAAAAUAUUAAACAUACUGUACCUGAAUACUUUUUCCUGAAUGAUGUUACUGCAUAAUACCUCCACUACGACAAUUGCUACAGUACACUGAAAUUGUACUAAAUAUUUAUUAAAUUCAUUAAUUUUACUUUUUAUAGUAGCCAUUCCUUGAAGUAAAUACAGUAGCUUCUUAAAACAAAUACUUAUAAGCAUCAUUGUUUAACUUUAAUAGCUCAUUGUAAAUUGUGUAACGUGUAUAUGGAGGCCAUGCAUUGCACUAUAUAUUUUGUAUAGGUGUCCCUGUCCAAACAAUCAUAUUUUAACGAUUGAACAAUUAUAAAAGAGCUAUGAAAAAGUAAACAAAAUAUUUGGAAACUAUCAUAAGUUUCAACAGGAAUUAAAAACAAUGUAAUUAAGCAAAAAGACACAGCAAGUUGUGCAUUGCUGUGAAAUUACACACACCUUGCAGUGUGCAUGGUUAUAAAAUUGACUAUUCCGAAAGAAAAUAAAAUGUAUACACUAUCAGUGUAAUAGACCUGAUAUUCAAUUAUUUUGAAUGGGAUCAAAAAGAUCCACCAGGAAACAAUAGAUAGUAAAGGUGAACAGAAGUUGCAUUUUUUUUUUUUUUUUUUUUAAUGAAAACUGUCAAACUGAGAAUGUUAUUAUUGUAUUUCUUAUAUUGUCUUGAACUUUGUUGUUUCUAGAUACACUGAUAGUUUGCUAUGGAAAUAUUCAGGGGUCAAACACCAGCUGGCCAAUAAAGAUACAACACACAGUGACUGACAACAUUUUAUUGUGAUUCAAAGAGUAAGUUCCAAAAAAUGCUAUACAGCCCAUCACUACAGCGGCCAUUUUGAAAAGAGCUUUGAAACAUACUUUACAGUUAUAAGUGUAAAAAGUUGUCAGGAUGUGUUAUUUAAACAAUUGUAGCAUUACGUGGAGACGUGUAACACUGUAUUUUUCAGACCCCCGCUACUUUUUAAAAACGUUAUCAUUAAGAAACAUUAAUGGAUAAAAGUUUACAUACCCCAAAGGAAAUUUAUAAUUUCUAGAAAUUUCUCAAAAACAAAUUACAGGAAAAAUCUUUUGUAGCAAAACUUUUUCUUUUGUGGAUGAGGAAAGAAAGUUGCAAUAAAUAGAUGUCAACAAUUAUUUAUUUCAGCAUUUAUUUAUUUUUUUGCAAAACUCCAAACAUGCUAAUUCAAAAGUAUUCAUACCCUGAUAUGGACAAUUUAAUUAACAACUAGUUCAGGCAACUUUAGGAAUAACCUCUUUUAAACGAUUAGGAUAUUUGUCUAUGAGCGUUUGGCAUGAUUCUUUAGUGAUUUUUCACCAUUCAUCGAUGCAAAAUUGUAUUAGUUCAUUAAAAUUCUCUUGUGCACAGCCUUCUUCAACUCAUACCAAAGAUUGUCAAUCAGAUUUAGAUUGCGACUUUGACUAUGUCAUUCCAGAACCUUUUUUUCUUCUUUAGCCAUUUUGCUUUGGAUCGUUGUUGUGUUGAAACGUCCAGUUGCGCUUUAAACCAAG